AUGAGCAAACCUAAAUUUUUACUAUAAUUUGCUAGAAAAGAAGCAAAAUAACAAGAGGAGAAACUUUUAGAGGUUGAGGCAAUGGAUAAUGUUGAAAAAGAAAUACAACUUUUGGAUAAUAAUGAGUAAAAUUCAAAUAAAUAAAUAGUGUAUGGAAAUAGAAGUCACUCAAGAUAAUUUAUAAAGUGGUUAUUUUCAUAACAAAAAUGAGGCACUUCUCAACUUAAUACAGGUUUAAGAUUUUGAAUAAGGAUAUCUUUUAUUUAAUACACGAUCUAAGUAGUUCAUUUUAGUAUUAUUUAUAUAAUCGCCUUUUGGAUACGAUACCAACUAAAGUAUGAUAUAAAUAAAAUAAAUUUUAGUUUGGAGAGAUAAAAUAUGAAGGGAAAUAAAAAAAUGUAUUUUGGUGGAAAAUAUGGGCUUUUCUUAAGAGUAAUUAAACAGUUCUUUUGCCAGCAGAUAAAUUUCUUUUUGCUUGGGAUGUAAUAUUAAUGCUUGUAACAAUUGUUAACAUUCUUUAUGUUCCUCUUUAAUUGUCUUUUGAUUUGAAUAAGGAAUAAAUAGGAAAUGCUUAUCUAUUAUUUAGUACGUUGCCAAGUUGUGUAUUUUUGAUUGAAUUAAUUCUAAAUUUUUUUAAGGGUUAUUAUGCAAGAGGAAUACUUCAUACUUCAAAGACAGAUAUAUUUUGGCAUUACAUAAAGGGUGAAUUCUUCCUUGAUUUAACAGUUGUAUUGCCAUUCAUAUUAUCAUGGUUUGGAUAUUAAUUUGCAAACUACUUGAUGUUAAUAAGAAUGACUAAAGUUAGAAGGACAAUGGUCGUGAUUGAAGAAAUUUCAAAUUUCAAAGAAAAAACAGCUGUUAUCUAUUCUCUUUUUUGUUUGAUCUACUCCUUAUUAUUAAUAUCUCAUUUUUGUGCUUGUUUAUUUCAUUAUUUUGCAGUUUUGGAAGUUGAUUUUGGUUAUUCACAUACAUGGUUACAUUAAUAAGAUAUUUAUGAAGCUAAUGCAUAUGUGAAAUAUUUUACAUCACUUUAUUGGGUAACUAUAACAUCAAUGACAGUUGGAUAUGGGGAUAUAAUACCAGUUACUAUUCCAGAAAAGAUAUUAGUAACAUGUUUUACUUUUGUGGUUGUUGGAACGUUUGGUUAUGCGUUAGGAAUGAUUUAAAGCAUUUUUUAUAAACUGGCUGAAUAAUAGAAUAUUAAUAAUUCGAAACUUAGACUUGUAAGCAAUCAUAUUAUGUAAAGAGGAUUGAAUACUUAACUGUAGUUUCGAGUAAGAAAAUAUAUUGAAUAUUAUUUAUAAUUUAAAUAGGAGGAAGAAUUAGAUCUAGAUGAAUUAAUGGGAUAAUUGAAUCCGAAGUUAAAAUAAGAAGUUUAAAUUGCUAUGUAUUAUAGUUAUUUUAAACAUUCUAAACUAUUUGGAUCUAAUUUAUCAGAAGAAACUCUUAAAAAAUUGUGCUACUGUAUACAUGAAAAAACUUAUGCUCCAGAAGAAUUCAUUAUUAAGAAAGAUGAUCAUCCAGAUAAGGUUUAUAUACUUUUAACUGGUAAGGUCAAAUCUGUUUUAUUAGAUAGAACAAUAAAAAGAUAUACAAGUGGAAAACUAUUUUGCGAAAGAGAAUUCUUUUUUUAAGAUUACAUGUAAUUUGAUAUUGUAGCUUAAACGUUUGUUUAGGUUGCUUAUAUUAAUUAAAAUGAGUUUUUAUAAAUUUUAUAAAAGGAUAAAAGAUAAUAUGAAAAAUAUAGACUCUUACUAGAUAAGACUUAAUAUGGAGAUAAUUCUAAUCAAAUUAAAUGUGAGGCAUGUUCAAGUCAUCAUUAAUUCAAACAUUGUCCAUUAGUUUUUUUUAGAAAAAAUAAAAAUAAAAUAAUUUCUGUCUUCAAUAGUAGUAAUGACCAUUCAAGAUAACAAUUUAUUAGGUAAAGGAAGAGAAAGAGAUAUAAUUUGCUUCAUAUUAGAGAAAAAGCGUUAGAGUAAAUGCUUUAACAUUAAAAAUCAAUUCCUUAAUUUGACAAUAAAUUAUUAAUAAGGUUAGGAUUUCCAAAAUUAGAAGAUGAAGAUUGUGAUUUACCUGAAUAAACAAUUGGAUUACAUUCUCAUUAAUAAUCUCUCAAUUAACAAGAUAUCAAAAGUUUGUUUAGAAAUAAGUUGUUUUAAUAAGUAAGUAAUAGAAGUCUUUUAAUACCAAAUAAUUCUAUAAACAAUUAAUUUAAUUAUGCUAAUAGUUAAUUUAACAAUUAAAAUAAUAAUAAUGAAAAUUAAGAAGAGUAUCAUCCUCAAUAUAUUAAUAAUGAUAUUAAUAUUGAUAAAGUCACAGAAUUUGAAAAAUACUAUCCUCAUUUCAAUAUUACUAAAGUAUCUAAGUUAAUAAAUAAUUCUCAUGUUUAUAAUAAAGUCUUAUAAAAGAUUAGAGAUCAUAAAAACAAAUUUGCAUAGUAUAUUGCUAGGUAAAUAAUGUAUAAAAUUAUAUGA